GUCACUACCUGCCCUAUGCCUCUGGUCUCUCUCACGAGGUCAGUCCACCCAGUCACUACCUGCCCUAUGCCUCUGGUCUCUCUCACGAGGUCAGUCCACCCAGUCACUACCUGCCCUAUGCGUCUGGUCUCUCUCACGAGGUCAGUCCACCCAGUCCCUACCUGCCCUAUGCCUCUGGUCUCUCUCACGAGGUCAGUCCACCCAGUCACUACCUGCCCUAUGCCUCUGGUCUCUCUCACGAGGUUAGUCCACCGAGUCACUACCUGCCCUAUGCCUCUGGUCUCUCUCACGAGGUCAGUCCACCCAGUCACUACCUGCCCUAUGCCUCUGGUCUCUCUCACGAGGUCAGUCCACCCAGUCACUACCUGCCCUAUGCGUCUGGUCUCUCUCACGAGGUCAGUCCACCCAGUCCCUACCUGCCCUAUGCCUCUGGUCUCUCUCACGAGGUCAGUCCACCCAGUCACUACCUGCCCUAUGCCUCGGGUCUCUCUCACGAGGUUAGUCCACCGAGUCACUACCUGCCCUAUGCCUCUGGUCUCUCUCACGAGGUCAGUCCGCCCAGUCACUACCUGCCCUAUGCGUCUGGUCUCUCUCACGAGGUCAGUCCACCCAGUCCCUACCUGCCCUAUGCUUCAGUCCACCCAGUCACUACCUGCCCUAUGCCUCUGGUCUCUCUCACUAGGUCAGUCCACCCAGUCACUACCUGCCCUAUGCCUCUGGUCUCUCUCACGAGGUCAGUCCACCCAGUCACUACCUGCCCUAUGCGUCUGGUCUCUCUCACGAGGUCAGUCCACCCAGUCCCUACCUGCCCUAUGCCUCUGGUCUCUCUCACGAGGUCAGUCCACCCAGUCACUACCUGCCCUAUGCCUCUGGUCUCUCUCACGAGGUCAGUCCACCCAGUCACUACCUGCCCUAUGCGUCUGGUUUCUCUCACAAGGUCAGUCCACCCAGUCCCUACCUGCCCUAUGCUUCUGGUCUCUCUCACGAGGUCAGUCCACCCAGUCACUACCUGCCCUAUGCCUCUGGUCUCUCUCACGAGGUCAGUCCACCCAGUAACUACCUGCCCUAUGCC